AUGAAGAACGAUAAAGAAUCCAGAUCAAAAUGCAACAACCCUGUAAAGAAACCACGACGAGUGACAAUCGACGAUGUUCUGCGAGCAUCCCAAGAGACGAAGGAAGAGAGGGAACAAAGGAUCCGUAGUCUAUUCAGUUUCUUUGAUAAGGAAAAUUCUGGUAUCAUAGAUUAUGCCCAGAUUGAAGCCGGUCUCUCUGCGCUUCCCAUACCGCCAGAAUAUAAGCAUGCCAGGGAUUUCUUAAAAGCUUGUGAUGCCAACAAAGACGGACUAGUUGAUUAUAAAGACUUCAAGAAGUAUGUAGAUAACAAGGAGAUUGAGCUUUACCGCAUAUUUCAAGCCAUUGAUGUUGAACAUGAUGGAUGCAUUAUGCCACAAGAGCUCUGCAAGGCACUGGUAAAGGCAGGGAUUCAGAUUGAUGAAGAGGAAGUUGCCCUUUUUAUGGAGCAUGUUGACAAGGAUAAUAAUGGGGUUAUAACAUUUGAAAAAUGGAGGGAUUUUCUUCUGCUUUACCCGAAAGAGGUCACUAUUGAGAAUAUUUACCGUUAUUUAGAGCGUGCGUGCCUUGUUGAUAUUGGGGAACAAACUGUUAGUCCUGCAGGAAUCAGUGGAAACAUCCAUGCAGGUAAAUAUUUGCUUGCUGGAGGAUUGGCAGGGGCAGCAUCACGCACAGCAACCGCACCACUUGAUCGUUUAAAGAUCAUAUUGCAAAUACAAACCACACGAGCUCAUAUAAUGCCUGCACUUAAAAAUAUAUGGAAACGAGAGGGUUUCCUUGGGUUUUUCCGAGGCAAUGGCUUGAAUGUCCUCAAGGUGGCUCCUGAGAGUGCUAUAAGAUUUUACACUUAUGAGACCCUAAAGACUUGGAUUGUGAAUUAUAAAGGAGAUGGACCAAACUCUGAUAUUGGGACUGUAGGGCACGUGCUGGCUGGUGGGAUGGCUGGUGGGAUAGCUCAAACUGCUAUAUAUCCAAUGGAUCUUAUCAAAACACGAGUACAAACCUAUGCUUAUCGUCAAGGCGCAAGAAUUCCUCGUCUUGAAACCCUCUCUAGAGAUAUAUGGGUUCACGAAGGACCUCGUGCAUUCUAUAGAGGCCUGGUUCCUUCUUUUCUUGGGAUUAUUCCUUAUGCUGGCAUAGAUAUAGCUGCGUAUGAGGCUCUCAAAGAUAUGUCCAAGAAGUAUAUUCUUCGUGAUGGAGAACCUGGUCCUCUUGUACAACUGGGUUGUGGGACAGUGUCGGGAGCCCUUGGAGCAACAUGUGUGUAUCCAUUGCAGGUCGUUAGAACAAGAAUGCAAGCUCAACGCUCCAAUACUAGGACAGCUUAUAAUGGAAUGACAGAAGUGUUCAAGAGAACUUUUGAGCACGAAGGGUUUAGAGGAUUCUACAAAGGGAUAUUUCCUAACCUUCUCAAAGUCAUUCCAUCGGCAAGCAUUACCUAUGUGCUUUACGAAACCGUCAAAAAGGGUUUGAAAUUAGAGUGA